ACAGCGUGACCUGCACGGGGUUGUUAGUAAUUAUUUGUCUGCAAUAGCUCUCAGCCAUUCAGGGACAAAUCUCAACAAAAUCCAGGCUAAAUCCGAAAGUAAUCAGGGACAUUUUUAAAAUAUUCGUAGCAAUAACCCGAGGCGUUGACAAAAUAAGUCAAAUGUGAAUUGAUACAGGUCUAAAGUAAAAGAAGCCUAUAUCUCUAAUUGUUGUCAUAUUACAUUUAAGUGUAAUUGCCCAGAUUUUCUCCUAAGGGUUACCGAUUUAGUUUUCUGCAGCAAAAAUCACGAUCAAAGCGGCUAACACCUGAAAUUAAGGAGACACUGGAGUUACAAUGUGAACUGCAGACCCUGGUAAAAGUUCACUGGCAGACUUGGAUACUGCCUUUUCACGGUAUGCAUUCUGGCAACAGAAACGAGUUACCUGCAUGGUUACACAUGCAGUACACCCUUUCUGAAUUUUUUUUACCUGAGACUUAAUAAGGUAGUUUCCCCGGAGUGUCUGUACAUCUUGUGACUUCCGUGGCUUGUCAUCAAGUUGCAUGACUUGCGGGGUCAGGGUGUACCCACGAAUGUGCUGUACAGUACUGUUUAGCUGGCGUCUCUUCCCAUCAAGAAACGAGAGGAGUUUCCCCUGCAACCACCCCUCUAGUAUUUCAACUCUAUAUCUAAACAUUUUUUUUUGUUGUUAUUUAUGAUUCACACUGAAACACAAGGAAACAGAAACUGAAACUGAAAUGCUUGAAUAAGAAGCACUUCGCAGUGACUGUUCAUAACAGUAACAGUCAGUCACUGGUCUACGACUACACCGCACCUCAAAGGACAGAACAGCAAGAUGAAUGGACUUCGAUUUUCCCUCACUUUUGCCUUGUACUGGUGCUCAGUAACAGCUUUAUUCACUGUGGAAAUGACCAGGUCAUCUUAUGUUGCAGAGCAUAACACUGUGGCUACGUUGGAAUGUAAAUUUCCUAUUGAUAAAAAAUAUGGGAUCCAGGACUUAAAAAUAUUUUGGCACAAGAUUGUAAACAGUAGCCUGGAGUUAGAAGUUUUCAAGUUUUUUAAUGGAUCAGAAGAUUUCCUGAUGCAGGAUGUGAUUUACAAAGGAAGAGCCCGCUUACGGCAGGCUUUAUUGGGCAAUGGGCGGGCAGUACUUGAGAUCAACCCAGUUAAGGUCACUGAUACAGGUGUUUAUCGCUGCCUGAUAGAGCUGCAUGGAGCAGAUUACAAACAGGGCACACUGGAAGUAAAAGCCUCUUACAGAAAUAUAGAGAAACAUGUCACAAUGAUUGGAUCCGUAAAUGGGAAGCAACAACUGGAGCUCUUCUGUCAUUCCAAUGGAUUUCCAAAAGCUGAGGUACUGUGGAACAGUGGGACUCAAAACCUAAGUGCUCAAGCAAAGACGUCCUUUAAAAGAGACCCAGAAGAUCUGUACCUCAUGACUAGUUUUAUAAGGGUGAUCCCAAGCUAUAAUGACACAUAUUCUUGUAUAUUUAUGAGUAACAACCUCCGUGAAAGCAUAAGCAAUUUCACAUAUCUAGACUGGCAGAUUCCUGAUUCAGUGGAUGGUUACAGACUGAUUUAUGUAGGAGCAGCAAUUGCUAUCAUUAUUGUAGUAAUGAUAGUAGUAACCAUAAUUUUAAUAUGGAGAAAGAGAAAAGAUUGGUCCCUGCUGCACACUGGAAUAUUUCAGGGAAAAAAGAAACUUCCUUGUGAAUAUCGUUGCAAAUCAAAUUGCACUGAAUGCUGGACAACUUUGCGACACUUGUUUCGAAGUACCACCCAUAUAGCCAGUCAUACUGUAUUAAAUAAAGAAAAAUCAGAUACCGCAUGCCAUCAUCAUAAUCAAGGAAAACAACUGGAAGCAUCACAGUUAAAUAAACUGUUGGAGGAAGACAGUCAGACACGAGUCCCAGUACAAAGCAGCCGGACAACGGUUUCUGUACAUUGUGAAAAAGAGCCAUGACAUGAAGGAAUGUUAUAUUCUGCUUAUCGUAGACUCUAACAACAUAAAAAGGUAGUGAUAAACUGAAACAGUGGCUAUUGUGUUCCAUACCGUUUUAUAGCAGAACUGCAGUUUUUCCAGUGCAGGAAACCUGUCAUAAUAUAUUAUUUUCAAAACAACCCUUCAGUCCGCUUGCAUUUAUUCUAAAACCUUGUGACAAUAUACUGUGGACUGCUAAGUAGCAGAACUGGAGAACAAUGUAUGGAAAUUCUUGGAUUCAUAUGUUAUGGUCCGCAUACCAGGCCAGAGCUCAUUCAGUUCUAAUGGCACUGCAGACAAAGUACUACUAGAUGGGAGUGAAAGUACUUGUUAUAUUUUCCAAUAUGAAGAACUUUGGGUUAUUAACCAAACUUUGUGCUUGAACAUGUAUAGAAUUUCAUCAGACUUCUAGCACAUCAUCAUUGCAAGCAUUGUAUAUAUCUAAACAAAGCAUCCUGCAGACGUAUGGAUGAGGACUAAAUGCUUUUAGUUGGUAGUCAGCGCAAUCUCUGCCACCGUAAGGGCACUGUCCUUGUUUGUACUGUGUGAAAUGCAUGGCCAAAGCAUUUACAGUAAGCAGUCACAGAGGGUUAAGUGCUGCACAGUUUCUGCGCUACAAGGAACAUUUCAUUUAACAAGGACUUUUUUUUUUAUUAGGUAUCACAAUUUUGUGAUUUUUUUUUUUAAAACCGUUCUUCAUUUUUAUUUCUUUUAAAGUUGCACUGCACUUUGAAGACAAUGGACUCCACUGUACUGCACUAAAGUUGCAAGGACGUAUUUUUUUGCAGUUGCAAAGGUGAAAUGGUGCACUUGAAUACUUGUCCUGGUUACGAGAAGCUAAGAAACAUUUUUUUUUUGCCUUCAUCUUACGGAGCACGACUAUCACUUUAGAAUUUGUGCAAUACUGAAGAAAUGCCCAGAACAAUUUAUUUCCUCUGUGAAGCUCUAUAUAGAUUUGAAUUCUUUUCAACUAGUUAAACAUCAUUGCUUCAGUUACUAAUGUUAUAAAAUUUCAUUUAUGAUUAACAGUGAAUAUCUUGUAAUGUGUCAGCCAAAAUUUGCAUCCAGUGUUGUAUAAUACAUUUUGAAAUCUAUUUAUUUAUAGAAAAGUAUUUAUUAAAAAAUAAAUCUUUUGAACACUAAGUUUUUUUAUUUUGAGCAUCUUGCUGGUUGUCAUACAGCACUUUUCCUGGACUAAUCCAGAUUUCUUAUCUUCUUGUUCAAUGUGGAAAGUAAGCAGCACCCUCAGUCACUUUGCCAUUAGGAACAAAUGGGCCUGCUAUCAAAGCAAACCCAUUGGCUUGCAGGAAUGUGCUGUUGCAAUGCUUCUUCAGCAAAUGUCCACAUAGUCAAGUUUCCUACAUGUUGAAAAGUUAAACUAGACUUCAUCUAGAUUACAAAAUUAUUUAGUGGUUAUUUUUUUUUUCACAAGUAAAUUUGUAAGGAAAAUGUACAGUAGCUUUAUUCCUGAACUCCUAUUUCAAACAUUUCUAGAAGCACUGGGUAUCACGGAUUUUUAUAGUUUCUUAAGUAUUCUGUGGAGGCAUAGUGGUGGAUUGGACAGCAUUGUCACCUCACAGCAAGGUACAGUUCUCUGCUAGGGUGGAGUCUGCAUGUCCUCUCUCUGUUUGAGUGGGGUUUUGCUGGAUGCUGUGCUUUCCUCCACCAUUCAAAACACAUGCAGUAGGUCAAUUAAUGAUACCUAAAUUGCCUGCAGGUGUGAAUGUGUGCAUGUGUGAUAAGGAAGAAAGUCAUGAUAAUCUACUUCUGUUUUUUCACUCUUUGCCUAGCUGGUGUCAGUACACUGAGUUCUUGUAUGAGUCAGCUUCAUCUCGUAAGCGUGGAUGGCGUACCUCUCAACUGUAUAGAUUUUCACAGACUGUCCAGAUGUUUUCCUCAUAUUUUUGGUCUGUUUUGCAUAGAAUAAAAUGGUUUUCCAGUAAAUCACUGGCAAAUCAUUGAAGAUUUAAGUCAGAAAAUAAUGACAGAUGUUUGAGUUUCAGACUUUA